AAUACAUAGUAAUCUACCGAAUUACUGAACAAAUAAUACAAGCGGGAUUUAGUUGUAAAUAACAUUACACUGAAAAUAUUAGUUUUAGCUAACUAAAGUAAUAAUAUUUUUUACAGAUCGAUAUAGGUAGUUUACAGUACGGCACACUCAAUUCAAAGGAAUACACUAAAAUGAAGUUGGUGGCCUAUUUAAUGUUAUUCUCGGUUGCCUCAGGACUAUCGGAAAACGAGGCCCUAUCGACACCCGCAACUGGAACUUUAAGUCCCCAUGGAAAUCAAGUAACUAAUACAUCUUGUGAGGCAAAUCUCCCACAAACGACAGAAGAACUCCUUGACAAGCUGCUUGUAUUGGUACAAGAUAUUGUAGAAAAUGGUCAAGAACACUUAGGGCUUCCACCUUUGGACCCAAUGAAAGUGGAUGAUUACAUCCUAGUGAUUCCAGCUGGAUUAAUUUUCCUGUAUUUAAAAUUAAAAGGAAUUAGUGCUUAUGGUUUUGGCGAUUUUGUUAUACACGAAAGUAAACUGGACAUCGACAAUCUUACUUUUGAUAUUGAUGUGGAGUUUCCGAGUCUUCAUAUAAUUUCUGAUGAGUACAAUUUAGUAGGAUACUUGUACACUCUCAUACCACUCUAUGGAAACGGGAGAGCCGAGUUUCACAUCAAAGGAUUAAGACUUGCAGGAAAACUAUACCUGGAACAAUCUCACGAUGGAAAGGCGGUUAUGAUAAAGAAAAUCGAGAAUAGUUCAUACAAAAUUCCUUACAUGAAGUCCAAUCUGUCGGGUGUAGUAGGAGGAGGCAAUGUCGACGCUAUUGUCAACGCUUUAAUCGAGGAGGUGAUUAUAGAUUACGUGAAUAGAUUCCAUGGUAUAAUUGCAGCAUUCACAUCGAAAGCAAGCGUUGUUUUUAGUAACAAUGUACUUCAUCGGUUCGACACCUGGUGCUACAUUGAUGCUUUGCAAGCUAAAAUAAAAUAAUUUUUCAUAUUGCAUAAGUGCGACGGGCACAUUUGAAAUUCCAUUAAGAAUUAUAGAGAAUAAGAAGUACACUGAAAUAAAACCAAUAUGCGGGUACUGAAUUUCAUUAUGUAAUGUAUUUGAAUUAUUGAACUGGAAUAUAAUGAUAAAAUAUUUUUAUAGUUACAUACGUGUAAUAGAGAAUAUAAUUUGUGUACAAACUUAGCUAACAUAAACUUAUGCUACAAUAAUUAAACGGUUAUUAAUAACAUAAUAUAAAGUGAUUGCGUAAUAAAUGGCUAUGUCAAACAAUGUUUUAUUGUAAUAUCAGCAACCCCUGUAAUCACUUGAAAAUAAAAUAAAAUCUUUUUUUUUUAUUUGAAUCUUGAUUUUUUAUACAAAUAAAAUAAAAUUUUAACUUACAUUUAAAAUAGGUAUUUCGUAGAAAAUAAAUUAUUUCCAUAGUGUCCUGGUUGCUAUUAGGUAUACGGCGAUACAACAUUUAAUCAAUACAGACUAUCUAAAAAAA